GAGAGCACUGGCAUUUGUUCUUUUUGCUGAUUCUGUACUUGAAAUCAGACGUUCUCUCGAUAGUGCGAUGGGUUUUGGAGAUUUAAAAGCAAAAGCUGGUCAACAGGCCUUAAAUGACUACUUGGCUGAUAAAAGUUACAUCGAGGGGUGAGUAUUGAGUGUUUAAACUGUAAGAUUUAUUGGGGUUUUGGUUGUAAUUUUGCCCAUACAUCGGCACAUGAAAUUAUAUGGCACGUGUACGUCUGUACAAACUAUGUAAAAAAUUGGUAUAAAUUUGUACUUAAAAUCUUAAAUGUAUUUUAAUAGUAAUUAACAUACAAGAAUGUACUUAUCUUCUGAAAGGAAUUAUUCACAUAAUUAAAGUAGCUCUAUGAUACCUAAAAAUAUACUUCAAUGAAAAAUCAAAAGAAACAAGUCAUUAAUUACAUGGAAGGGGGAGUUGGUGAAAAUGAGACGUUCACAUUUUGUUAGUCCCUCCCUCCUAAUUGACGAUUUUACUUGUCAAGGGGAGAGUGCUGCUCAAUGGAUUCAAUUCAUGAAUCCUAAAUUACCUUAAUUAAUCAUUAUUUUAAUAGAUAUCAGCCAUCACAAGCUGAUAUUGUAGUCUUUGAAGCUGUUGGUGUAUCACCUUCUGCUAAUCUUGCCCAUGCUUGGAGAUGGUACAAUCAUAUACAUAUACUGUCAUGUGGUAAUGACACUUCUGGUUUCACUGGAGUGAAAAAACCUUUGUCAGCUUAUGGUCCUCCUGCCACUGUGGCAAAACCAUCAAACGAUGAUGAUGAUGAUGACGAUGAUGAUGAUCUUUUUGGAAGUGAUACAGAAGAACAAAAGGUAUUUGGAAGGGUUCACGUCAGGCUUUUAGUCAGAAGGGCUUCCUGGCAGGGCCGCAUUUACACCACUCGGGGCCUGUGGCAUUUUCUUCGCGUGGGGCCCCAAAUUUUUGCCUUCUCUAUGGACUAUAACCUGGAAAUUUACCUCGUUUUAAGCAUAAAUCGUAGCGACGUGGCGUUCGCUUCGCAUAUAGCAACUCUAAAGUCCAAGACAAAAUUAGAGACAAGAGUAGUAUAUAUUUAACUUGGUAUUUGAAUUUUUUUAUUUAUAAUUACUAUUAUAUCCUUGUGGCAUACAGCUAUUUCAAUCAAGGUUGUCCCCGAGCAAAGCGGAGAAGUCGAAUACGAGCGCGGAAGGCUUGCUGGGAAUCCCUAACUGAAAAUCCAUUAAUUUAUUAGCAAUUUCCAUCGAGCCUUUCGCGUUCGUAUUCGACUUUACCGCUUUGCUCUGGGACAACCUUAAUUGAAAUAGCUGUAUAUAAGGGGCCCGGCUAGGCUAAAAAUAUAAAUAAUAAUUAAUAAUAUAGCAUCAUAUACUUCUAGCCUAAAUCGCGGGGCCCUGGAAGGCGCGGGGCCCGUGGCAUAUGCCGCAUCUGCCACUGUGUAAAACCGGCGCUGCGUCCUGGGAUGCCCCUAGAACAAAAAAUGGACGCCCAAAUUCUGGGGAAAGGGAAAUUAUUUUCAACUAUUUCCCUAAGUAUAUUAAUUAUUUUCAACUAUUUCCCUAUUUUCAACUAUAUCUGAAACGAAAUAGCUUCAAUUCUCAUUAUUAUUAGGCAUAGUACAAAACAUGGACUGGACUGGACUGGACAGUUGGACUGGACUGGACUGGACUGGACAGUUGGACUGGACUGGACAGUUGGACUGGACAGUUGGACUGGACUGGACAAUUGGACUGGACAGUUGGACUGGACAGUUGGACUGGACAGUUGGACUGGACAGUUGGACUGGACUGGACAGUUGGACUGGACUGAUUUUUACAUUUUCUCUAUUCUUGUCUUGCAUGUCAGCCGCCAUGUCAGGUGGCAUGGCACAAAAGAAUAUUUUAUCACAGAAUAAGUAUACCAUGUCAUGUCUAUUUUGUGAUUUUAUCGAUGAACAUUGUCUAGUGUGUACCAGGAGGAGAUUGGUUUCAAGUCAAGAAUAUAACGUUUUGCACCUGA